AUUUGUUGUUCUUUCAAGUUGACUUGUGUUCUUUUUCCGACGUUACAUUGUACAAUUUAGUCGCAAUGUCGCUCGUGAUACCGGACAAGUUUCAACAUAUUCUUCGUAUUAUGAAUACGAAUAUUGAUGGCAAACGCAAGGUAAUGUUUGCCAUGACUGCUAUCAAAGGUGUUGGUCGAAGAUACUCCAAUAUUGUCCUAAAGAAAGCCGACAUCGACUUGGAUAAGCGCGCUGGUGAAUGUACAGAAGAAGAGGUUGAGAAGAUUGUCACUAUUAUGUCAAAUCCUAGACAAUACAAGAUUCCAGAUUGGUUCUUGAAUAGACAGAAGGAUAUUGUUGAUGGCAAAUACAGUCAGCUGACUUCUUCAAACUUGGACUCUAAACUCCGUGAUGAUUUAGAAAGGCUUAAGAAAAUCCGUGCCCAUAGGGGUAUGCGUCACUACUGGGGUCUUCGUGUGCGUGGUCAACACACCAAAACAACUGGCAGACGAGGUCGUACUGUUGGUGUAUCUAAGAAGAAGUAAAUAAGUAAUAAACAUCUGCAUUCUCUA